UCCGAUUUCCAACUUGUGUUACACUGAAAAAACGAUGGGCUGAUCAUGUCACUUCCCGCUCCUGUCAUGGUAAGGAAUAUUUUUAUUUUCCUCUGUCACUGUACUAUUGGUCAAGAGUGAUCUGUUCUAUGAAACUGGACAUUAAGUGUUACACUUUUUGAGGGGAAAUAGGGAAGCCUGGAAUUGCCAUCACAACUUACUCAACUCUCAUACUCAAGAACAGUCUGCUUAGCUACAACGAGCAAAAAAUGCUCAUUCGGAUCGAUAUAACAAUAGCGCAACGGCCAAUGUGCCACAUUAAUGUGGCAAGGUGGCAGCAAGUGAUAAUGUAGAGAGUGCCUCUUGUGGUUGGACAGAUCCAGGGGAGCUGUCGCGGGUGAACCAGUGCAGAAUCCAUUCAGAUCCAUCACUCCUAAAUUAUUUUCCACCUGUAAUCAACUUUUUGUCAGGAUAUCCUUGUCCAGAUAUAUAACAAUAUUUUGGCGAACCUUACGUCUAAAUAACUGUAAACAGCAAAGCCGGCAUAUUAGUGAUAAGCGAUGCCAACAUUACUGACCCUCGAAUAAACAACUGCGUCACAAAGCCAAAGAAACCGCAGCACGAUUACAACAUGGCGUCUACUGGUCUCCAUUCCUCGGCCUUUCAUCGUGUCAGUCGUUCAAGUUGUGCUUCAAAUAACUCAAACUCGUUUUCAGUACGAAACAUUUUGAAUCUUUCAGAGGAAAAAUCCCUACAGUACGCUCAAAACUUAGAUGAUGGUUUACCGAGUUGUCCCGUUUUGUUGUACCUUCCGCAACUUCCUCAAGUGCCGUGGCCUAUGACGCACUUGUACAAUGUUGAUUCUCAUUGUACAGGCCUCAUAAACCGGCAGCAGUUUAGGGGCGCUCAACACGAUCACGAUCAAAGAUCGUUAACGGACAAGAAAAUCCAUUUAAUAGCUGGCGUCAAUGUGUUCCCGAAGAAACGAAGACGUCCCAUGCAAAAGAAGAAACAACGUCCCCUGUUCUCGCCGCAUCAAAUCCAAACCAUGGAGAAGGAAUUCGCCACACAGCGCUACGUAACUGAGGAGAAGCGAGCGCAGCUGGCUUUAACAGUCAACUUAACCGAAGCUCAAGUCAAAACGUGGUUCCAAAACAGGCGAACUAAGUGGAAAAAAGAGAGAAAAGAGAUACAGCAAAACAUGAAUCAAACGAUGAGAGGAAACACUGUCUUUCAAAGCAAUUGUGCCGCCUUCGGUUUCGUGUAAACGCAUGUAAGUGUAGUGCUAAAUAUAUGACGAUGUUUUUAGCUGUUGUUUUGUUAACAUUUGGAGACAUUUACAAAGUUUAUACCGGAUGUUUUUCAGUCUAUUAAUUAGUAUUUCCCUAUAAAAGUUAACGUUAAGAAACAACGACGUUUCGACCGUUCGACGGUCAUUUUCAAGUUGAAAGUAAAAUUUUUGUGUGCGCUUUACUUUCGACUUGAAAAUGACCGUUGAACGGUCGAAACGUCGUUGUUUCCGAACGUUAACUUUUAUAGUGAAGCCGUUUCAAAACAUUUUUUGAUUCGAAUAUUAAUUAGUACCAGAGUAUUCCACGAUCAUUUCACAUUAGUUACUCACCACGCAGAGAUCGAAGAGUUAGAACGGUCUUACUCUUUCAACUGUGAUUUUGAGUACGACCAUGGGAUUAUUAAUAAUUGUUGAUCGGGUAAGAAAUAGCUACUUCAGUGUCACUUUCAACUGCACAGUUGUGCAAGAGUUGUUCAAAAUAGCUGUUCAAAAUAGCCAGGAAAGGCGAUUGGAACUGAAGAGGUUCAUUAACGAUAAUAAAACAAACUACUAGGAGCAGUAAAUAGAGUGCAAAUUUACUUUUCCGUUCCUCGUAAAUUAUACACCAAGCACAAAGCCAUAUUUUCAUUAUUCCAUAAUUGUUUUCUGCGUAGUUUGUAACAAUGCAACGAUAUUUUAGGGCACCCGAUGUUUUGGCAGUGUUGCUUUUGUCACAAAAACAUGAUUGCAGGCAAUUUAUGUUAGUAUUGUAUUAAACUUGUAUUCGUUGAGCACGUGGUUCUAGUUGCAAACAUCAUGGUUCACUCCAUUAAUUUCAGUGUACCCAGCUCAUGAAGUAAUCGCUUAAAUUUUGUUUUCAACUAGCUUUAGGAAUUGCGAAGCUGUUUUCAACUGUCUGUAUAGUGUUCAAAUCCCAAAAUAAGCAUUUGAUUCCUGUUUCUAUUUCCGGCUGAAAGAAGACAAAAACGGUUUAGUAGCGUUCCACCACGCUGGUUCUUUACAAUUUGCGAUACUCAACAUAUUCCUGCUCUCAUUUUCUGCGAGAUUCUAGCUUGCAGUGUGUAAAUAAAACUUGAUUACAUACAGUUUCGAUAUAAAUGACAAUAGCUCAGUAGAAUAAAAGAUCAAUAAAAGAAUAUGUUGCAAAUCACCAGCUGCCUGUUCUUUUAACAUUUUGGGACUGUUCUCCAAGAUCUUAGCUCGGCUUCAAGUGUUAAAAUUGUGUAUAAAUUACACUUAAUUUAAAUGACAGCUUGUAGGCAUCUAAACACAAUUUACAAUAGCUCAGCAGAAUAAAGGACCAGUAAAGAAUA